AUGGAGCUUACUCACGAAGAACUGAUCGCAGAGGGAGAGGAAAUAGAUAGAGAAUUCACCUCACAAGCACAUAUUCCGGACAACUCAUACAAUUAUUCUGGUGGCGUAAGGCGAAAGGCAUAUAUGUUUGAUGGAGAAGGGAAUUAUUUCGACAAAGAAUGGGAUUUAUCAGAGGGAAGAGGUAAAGAAUUUUGUUGGUAUCAUGUUGAACUUCCAAAGUGGAACCAGAAACUCUCACAAUCUGCACGGUAUCUUAUAGAUGUACUCUGCCCACCUCUGAAUCUCCAAGACAUUCUAUCACUAGUUAGCAAUGGACCCUUUUGCGCCCAUGUUAAUAGUGCUCUAGUUUUUCGAGUUAAUUCACCUGGCCCUGCAUCCAGCAACUUUACAUUUAGAAUUGCUGCAAGAGUUACCGAGAAUUUGGUGAUCACUGUGUCAUUAGGUCGCGUUCCAAGAUUGGGUUUUUCCCCGGUAAAGGAGUCUCUUCUGUCAGAGAUUCCUAUUGUGGAUAGUCCAAGUUAUGGUGAACAAAGGGGGAGGGGUAGAACUGUAAUCAGGGAACAUGUUCUUGAUUUUCUGCUGACGAAGAAUCAUUUUGAAGAGGCUGACAAUCCUGUGCCUAAAUCUGUGUCGAAUCUUGUUGUUCACGUUUUAGAUAGGCAUGUCGAUCAUGUUCAAGAUAUUGUGACAAAGCUAGAGAUUGAGUUGGAUUCUGUAGAAUUGGAAUUGGACAAAGGUUGUUUUGCCGUAAAACAACAAAUGUUGGAGGAUAGAAGAUUUCCAAAGGUGCAUCUUGACUCACAGCGCCUCCUCCAGGUGAUUGCAUAUGGGGAGCAAGUAAUUCCAAGAGUAAAGGAGAAGUGUUGUUCAAAAGAUUGGUUUGCCAUUGAUGACAUUAACACCCUUGAAGAGCUAAUUGGUCAACUCAAGAGUCUAAAAGAAAGUGUUGGGUUUAUAGCGAAUCGUGUUACAGGAAUUCAGGCUGGUCUUGAAAGCUGGCAGGCUGACCAAAUAACUGGAAAACUAUACCAUCUUUCUUUCCUCUCGGUCAUGUUUCUCCCCUUGUCUGUUGUAACUGGAGUGUUCGGGAUGAAUGUGGGAGGAGUUCCUUGGACCAAUCAAAACGAGCCUGAGCUGAAGGACGGAUUCCACAAUGUCAUGUUUCUUUGUGUGGCUCUCAUAUUGUUGGUUCUGUUUUGCUUCCUUUUCCCUGAAUUUUAUACUUGUGUAUCGACUUGGAAACGAAGACAAGACAUGAAAAGAAGUUGGUCUCUCAACCACAAAUCUUCUUUUAGAAGCAGUAGUAGGGAAAGAAAUGAUAAGGAAGGUUACCAACGGCUGUAUUGA